AUGGCCGCCAGCGCCAAGCGGAAGCAGGAGGAGAAGCACCUGAAGCUGCUGCGGGAGAUGAGCAGCCUCCCGCCCAACCGCAAGUGCUUCGACUGCGACCAGCGCGGCCCCACCUACACCGACAUGACGGUGGGCAGCUUCGUGUGCACCUCCUGCUCCGGCAUCCUACGGGGCUUGAAUCCACCCCACAGAGUGAAGUCCAUUUCAAUGACUACUUUCACACAACAGGAAAUAGAAUUUCUGCAGAAACAUGGGAAUGAAGUGUGCAAACAGAUUUGGCUAGGCCUAUUUGAUGACAGAUCAUCAGCAAUUCCAGACUUCAGGGAUCCACAGAAAGUAAAGGAAUUUCUACAGGAAAAAUAUGAAAAGAAAAGAUGGUAUGUUCCUCCAGAGCAAGCAAAGGUGGUGGCAUCAGUCCAUGCAUCCAUAUCUGGGUCUUCUGCUAGUAGUACAAGCAGCACACCUGAGAUGAAGCCUCUCAAAUCUCUCUUGGGAGAAGCUGCACCCACACUGCACUUAAACAAGGGCACACCUAGCCAAUCUCCUGUUGUAGUUCGAUCUCAAGGACAGCAGCAACAGGAAAAGAAACAAUUUGACCUCCUCAGUGACCUUGGCUCAGAUAUCUUUGCUGCUGCUCCUCCUCAGUCACCUGCUACAGCAAAUUUUGCUAAUUUUGCACACUUUAACAGUCAUACAGCGCAGAACUCUGCAAACGCAGGUUUUGCAAACUUUGAUGCAUUUGAACGGUCUAGUGGCUCGAGUAAUUUUGGAGGUUUCCCCACAGCAAGUCAGUCUCCUUUUCAGCCCCAAAAUACAGCGUUCAGAACGCUUUCAUCUAGCUGCAGUUUUGGUGAAUUUACUUCAGCUUUUCCUCUCCAGGCUGUACACAGUGGAAGUGCUGGAUCGGUCAAUGCUAACUUUGCUCACUUUGAUAACUUCCCCAAAUCCUUCAGUGCUGACUUUGGGGCCUUCAAUGCUUCUCAGAGCAACACAACAACCACUGCAGCUAGUAAAGCUGCAGCGAAUAAACCCAACCUCCAGCCAGCUGACAAAUAUGCAGCUCUUGCUAACUUAGAUAAUAUCUUCAGUGCAGGGCAAGGUGGUAGUGAGCAAGGAAGUGGCUUCAGCACAGCUGUGUCAGCAUCAGCAGGGCCUGCAUUGUCAGCCCCGAAUCAGUCAAGUCCACCUUCAGACAAGUACGCAGCUCUAGCAGAGCUAGACAGCGUGUUCAGCUGCACAGCAACCUCUAGUAACGCCUAUACUUCCAUCAGUAACGUCAGCAGCAAUGCUUUUGGAACAGUACCCGUGGCUGCUACUGCACAGACACAGCCUGCAUCUUCGAGUGUGCCUGCUCCCUUUGGAGCAACACCUUCCACAAAUCCAUUUGUAGCUGCCCCUGUUGCCCCAGUGGCACAUCCAACAAAUCCAUUCCAGACCAAUAGCCGAGGAGCAACAGCAGCAACAUUUGGUACUGCAUCCAUGAGCAUGCCUGCAGGAUUUGGAACUCCUGCCCCCUACAGUCUUCCUACUAGUUACAGUGGCAACUUCCAGCAGCCCACGUUUCCAGCCCAGGCAGCUUUCUCUCAACAGACUGCUUUUGCUCAGCAGCCAAAUGGUUUUGCUGCAUUUGGCCAGGCAAAGCCUGUAGUAACUCCUUUUGGACAAGUUGCAGCUGUUGGAGUACCUAGUAACCCUUUUAUGGCUGGUGCACCAACAGGACAAUUUCCAACAGGAAGCUCAUCAAACAAUCCUUUCUUAUAGCCUUAUAGACACUUUACCCAAAAGAACUCUUACGUGGUCACAUAACAUCUCUGCGCCUCUUGCACUGUUGUCUUGUUUCACUGAUAUUAGCUUUAAACACAAAUGAAGUCUUUAAGAAGUAAAAAUAAA